AUGACUAUCACCUUGUCAAGCAGCAUCACCAUCACCAUCAACAUCACCAUCAUCAUCACCAUCACCAUCAUCAUCACGAUAACCAUCAUCAUCACCAUCAUCAUCACUAUCUUCUUAUUCAACACCAUCACCAUAACCAACACUAUCACUAUCACCAUAUCAAAGAACAUCACCAUCUCAAUCACCCUAUCCGACACCAUCACGAUCGCCAUCAACAUAAUCCUCGCCAUGACAAACUUCUUAUCGAACACCAUCAUCCUCACCAUCACCAUCAAUAUCACCUUAUCCAACACAAUCAUCAUCAAAUUCGCUAUCACUACCACCAUAAAUAUCACCAUCACCAUCAAUAUCACCUUAUCCAACACAAUCAUCAUCAAAUUCGCUAUCACUACCACCAUAAAUAUCACCAUCACCAUCACUAUCAUCUUAUCCAACACCAUCACCAUCACCACCACCAUCACCAUCACCAACAUCAUCACCAUCACCACCACCAUAAUAAUCACCAUCACCAACACUAUCGACUUAUCCAACCCCAUCACCAUCACGAUCACGUCACCAUGA